UCGUCUCGGGUGGAAGGUACGUGAAAUGCGCCCCCACUCGCCGUUCGCUGUCAUCGUCGUCGAUUGAGCAUGUGCGUUACACAUGCGCAGGGUGAGCCCCCCGGCUCUGCCUGCAUGUAGGCAGCACAUUUGCAGCUCGCCUUUGCACCAGCAAAAAUGCAAAUCCAGAGCAACAUUCAGAGUGUCAAUUCGAUCUUCGGCUGCAACGCAUCCGGCCACAGCGGCAUCAACCAGCUGGGUGGGGUCUACGUGAACGGAAGGCCCUUGCCGGACUCGACGCGCCAAAAAAUCGUCGAGUUGGCCCAUUCGGGUGCUCGACCAUGCGACAUUUCCCGUAUUCUACAAGUAUCCAACGGGUGCGUCAGUAAGAUCUUGGGUCGCUACUACGAGACGGGUUCGAUCAAGCCGCGCGCCAUCGGCGGCAGCAAACCCCGAGUGGCAACGGCUGCCGUUGUCGCUAAAAUCUCCGACUACAAGGCCGAAUGUCCCAGUAUCUUUGCGUGGGAGAUUCGGGACCGGCUGCUGUCGGAAGGAGUUUGCAAUAAUGAUAAUAUUCCCAGCGUUUCAUCGAUCAAUCGAGUCCUGCGUAACCUGGCCUCCAACAAGGAGACAUCAUCCCAAAGCAAUGAUACGGUUUAUGAGAAGAUCAAGCUGUUCAACAACACCAGCAGCCACUGGACCUGGUGCCAGAACAUUGGCGGCGGCCAGUUUAACUUUUCAUCCCAUCCGAUUUCGCAUCUGUCGCUGAAGAGCUCGGCAGAUCCCCAGCAGCAGUCAAAGCCUGUUAAUUGCUGUUUAGAGGAAAUGAGCGACAAAUACUCCUCGGAGGACGACGAAGACUCGGAGCUGCGGCUAAAGUUGAAGCGUAAACUGCAGCGCAACCGGACUUCUUUUACCAACGAGCAAAUCGAGAAUUUAGAAAGAGCAGAAUUCGAGCGGACUCACUAUCCGGAUGUUUUCGCCCGGGAGCGUCUCUCCGAGCGGAUUCAGCUGCCGGAGGCGAGAAUACAGGUAAUGCAGGGUUUUUCAGGUGAGCCAGUGUCCGUCUCGGUGUGGUAAGUAUUAUUCCGGGACGUGGCUCUUGCCUGGCAGGUAACUUUGUUUUCUUGUGGAUUUCAAUUUUUUUAAAUGGCAAACUAGCAACACUGUUAUAUGAGGCUUUGGAAGCCGCGGAGAGUAUGUAUUUGUUUAGGUGCUGAACGAGAGGACUGCUUCAGCCCAGCAUGUUUCAUUGAAGUAGGUAAUUUGAAGAGGUAAUUACAAGAUAGAAAUAAACUUUUGAAAAACUGGA